AGUCUCCGUAGAUUGAACAAGUAACAAAGUCCUUAUCUGUUAAUUAAUCUAUUUUUAUUUUCUCGUGAGUGUGUCUCAUUCACACAAAAGCAAUAAAAAGAGAAGAGCUCUAAUAUUUUGAUGUGUGUUUAGCUUAUCAGUGAUAAUACUUCAAAAAAAGUAUUUGUUUUUAAAAAGUGCAGUCAGUAUGAACUGAGCAAGUGAACAACAAAGACGUAUUUUUUGAUAACUUUUUCGAUUGAAUUAAAUUUCGUGUUUCAAACACGGAAAAUUCCACAAUAUGGAGACAAAACAGAACCUACAAAAGUUAGAGAAAUAUCAGGAAGCCGAACAGCAGCCGAUUGUUGUUCCCGUCGUCCAAGAUGAUUCAUGUUGCUCAAAAGUCAUGCGGGUGAUCCGAAAUAUAUCGGUGGAACCGACGAUGUUCCUUUACAUGAUGGCCUUUAUGCUGACGAAUGUCGUGGAGCAAGUGUUUUUUGUUUACAAAGCGUGUCGCGUGGACCACGGCUACGACGAAGACAUUUGUCGUAAUAUCGAAAAAUUCGAAAAUAUUAAGAAGGAAGUGCAAAAAACUGUGUCACUUUUCCACCAAUGGGACAGUAUUGCCGGUCACAUCAUUCCAAUUUUUCUCGCGCUCUUUUUGGGUGCUUGGAGUGACAAACGAGGUCGAAAACUGCCUUUAAUCAUGGGAUUGACGGGAAAGUUGGUUUAUUCCUUGAUGAUCGUCAUAAAUGCAUAUCAACCAAAUUGGCCUUUAAAUUAUGUGAUUUAUACGGCAACCAUUCCGUCUGCCUUGCUAGGAGCUGAUGUUGCCAUUUUUGCGUCUUGCUUCGCGUACAUUGCUGACAUUACCACCGUACAAAAUCGCACAUUACGAAUUACGAUUCUUGAUGCCGCGUACCUUCUUACGAUGCCGACCGGAGUGGCCAUUGGCAAGGAGCUGUACAAUAACGUGUUUGACAAGAGUUUCGGAGCAAUGUUUGCUUGUAAUGUCAGUUUGAUGUUGCUAUCGAUAAUCUACUCUUUAGUAUUUCUUAAGUGGCAGACAACCGAAAGCCAAAGACCGAUUUCCGAAAUUGGUUAUCUGAAUAUAUUCGCAGAUUUCUUCGAUAAGAAUCACGCGAUACGUUCGUUCAAGACUGUGCUGAAAAAACGUCCGGAAAAGCGUCGUAUGUACAUCUUGAUGAUUCUCGUCGCCAUGGGAUUCUAUACGUUCCAACGUGACGAACGGAAUAUGCUGUAUUUGUACACGCAACUCAAACUCGAUUGGAACACCGAUGUUUUUAGCAAUUUCCGCACGUAUCAGUCGUCGGCGUAUGUCGUCAUGAUGAUGGUGGGAAUCCCAAUUAUGACAAAGGUCUUCAAAUGGUCCGACUGUGUCCUCAUUAUGGCAGGUUCCAUUUCGCAUGCCGCCGGUCGUGUGUUCUUCGCUUUUGCCACAAGUGGUUGGAUGAUGUAUGUCGGAGCAACGGUCGCUUGUUUGGGACCCGUUACGGCACCCGUUGUCCGCUCAUUCAUGUCAAAGCUCGUUUCAAGUGCAGAACGAGGAACACUUUUUGCAGUCUUGGCGGUAUUUGAUAAUGCAGUUCCAUUUAUUAGUGCCACUUUGUAUUCGCAAUUGUACAAUGCAACGAUAAACGAUUAUCCGGCUUCAAUCUUUUGGCUGACGUUUGCAUCCCAAGUCAUCGUUUUCAGCAUAUUUUUGACGAUCCAAAUAAGUUUGCGUGGCAGAACUCUCACUCAGCCACAAGUUGAAGACAAUACAAGAGCCGCGAUAACGGAUGGCGGUGAAGGCAGCUCCGUCGGCAGUGAAAGUCCUCGCAUUAUUGAAGAAGUGAAAGUAAAAUUGUAAAAAAUAAGUUAAAAAGUGCCAAAACAAACCAACUUUGCUCAAACAUUGUCAAUUUUUUUUACUACUUUAAAGAUAUUAAUGAUUAAGUUAAAUAAAAAAAAAUUGUUAAA